UAUUUGGGCCAUCACAGUCAUAAGUUAGACACGUUAUUAUUGAUGGCAAUCUUUUUCUUCAAUUAAUAACAAGGUAGUUUUUAAACCUUACUUGCGGACAUGUUGACUUAAUAUUUUUUACUUUAUUUAUAACACAAAUAAUAUAAUAGAUAUAUAGACUGUUGUCCUCUUCUCCUUCUAUACAAGCAUUCAAGAAAAAUAUAGCAGCGAUAGUGACAUAUACCCCUAGUUUUAUUGCAAUCUGACGUAUCCCCAAGCAGGUAUCAUGUAUUGUAAACGGAGGUUGCAUACUUGCUCAUCACUCAUCAGCCAACCAAACCACCGAUUCCAGAACACAAAAUAUUUGUACAUAUUUUGGCUCACCGGAGCAUCCUUCAUCGGCCAUGGCGUCCUCGAUCCUGUCCACUCUUGCUGGCUUUUUGGCCAAAGUAUAUACUUCAGUCCAAGUACCAUCUUGCUCUUCUUGUGAUCCUAAAAAAUUACCAGCUACUGCAUCUGAAUUCGAUGAGAUGAAGGUCAUACUUUGUAGAAUUCGAGCUGUGCUAGCUGAUGCGGAUCGGAGGGAGAUAGAAGAUCUGCAUGUGAAUAUGUGGCUAUAUGAGCUCAGGCAAGUCGCAUACGAUUUGGAGGAUAUCAUCGAUGAGUUGUCCUACAAGACAGUCCAGCCUGAAGCAGAGACGAACACCCAUGAACAUGCUGAUCUCAAAAGGAAGUUUGAGGUACUUGAUACUGUAAAUUCUCCAGUGCAUGAUCAUGAAGAAUCCCUAGAUACAGAUAUGCUUGACAAAAUCAGCAAGGUCAGAAAUAGACUUAAAUCCAUUAACAGUUUUCGUGAAAGCCUCUCGCUGCGAGAGGGUGAUGGGAGAAUCAGAGUAAGCACCACCAGCAAUAUGCGUGCUUCGAGUUCUCUAGCUAGUGAGACAGGGACCUUUGGAAGAGAUGGAGAGAAAAAUAAGUUACUUGACAGCCUUCUGAAUAAUGACAAUGGUACUGACAACAACUUACAGGUGUUCUCCAUAGUGGCAAUGGGAGGCAUGGGGAAAACUACACUAGCAAAGCUCAUCUACAACGAUGAACAGGUGAAAGACCACUUUCAGAUAAGAGCUUGGGCUUGGGUAUCAGAAGUUUAUGAUGUGACAAGGACAACGAAAGCCAUUAUUGAAUCUAUUACCAGAGAAGCUUGUGGUCUGACUGAGCUGGAAGCGCUUCAGAAUAAGCUACAGCAUAUUGUUUCAGGAAAGAGAUUUUUGAUCGUCCUUGAUGAUAUAUGGAUUAUAAAUUUGCUCCAGUGGGAUGAAUUGCGGCAGCCUCUAGACCAUGGAGGUAGAGGAAGCUGUAUUGUGACAACCACAAGGAAUCAAAACGUUGCACAGAUCAUGAGCAGGUUGCCACAAGUUAAUUUGGAUGGCCUGAAUCUUGCAGCAAGUUGGGCAUUGUUCUGCCACUGCAUUAGGCAAGGAUGCCAUUCUCUCAAGCUCUCUGGAACUCUUGAGACCAUUGGUAGAGGUAUAGUUGAGAAAUGCAGCGGUGUUCCUCUGACGAUAAGGGUGAUUGGAGGCCUACUUUCUUCUGAAACCAACGAGGAAACAUGGAAUGAAAUCCUUACCUCCGAUAUUUGGAACUUGACCGAGGGGAAGAACUGGGUUCUUGAUGUAUUGAAGGUGAGCUAUGUUCACUUACCAGCUGAGAUAAAACCAUGUUUUCUCUAUUGUGCACUGUUUCCCAGAGGACACAUGUUUGAUAAGGAAAAUAUUGUGAGGAUGUGGGUUGCCCAUGGAUAUCUACAGGCAACACACUCAGAUCGGAUGGAAUCAUUAGGCCAUAAAUACAUCUCUGAACUAGUUGCAAGAUCAUUCUUUCAGCAACAGCAUGCUGGAGGUCUUGGCUACUAUUUCACAAUGCAUGACCUUAUCCAUGACCUGGCAAAGUCACUUGUAAUAAGGGAUCAAAAUCAAGAACAGGAGCUCCAGGAUCUACCAAGCAUCAUCAGUCCAAGGGUUGACAUCAUCGGAAGCAAAUAUGACCGGCACUUUUCAGCCUUCCUCUGGGCCAAAGCACUGGAGACUCCUUUAAUAGUACGGUCAAGCAGAGGACGAAAUCAAGAAUCAUUGCGAUCACUGUUGUUAUGCUUAGAGGGUAGAAAUGAUGAUUUCUUACAGGUAAACUUCACUGGUAAUUCUAUCAUGUUGCACUUUGAAAGGGAUUUCUUCACAAAACCUCAUAUGCGCUUUCUACGAGUGCUGGAACUUGGCAGCUGCAGGCUAUCUGAACUGCCCCACUCUGUUGGUAACUUGAAGCAACUAAGAUACCUUGGUCUUUCUUGCACAGAUGUUGUAAGAUUACCUCAGGCGGUAUGUAGCCUCCACAAUCUGCAAACACUUGACCUGAGAUGCUGCAGGUUCCUAGUUGAGCUUCCCAAAGAUAUAGGACAAUUACAAAAUUUGCGGCAUCUUGAUUAUAAUGUCUUAGGAAGAAAUGAUUCUACAAUACCAGUCUGCAAGUUCAAAAGUUUACCUGAGGGCAUAGGAAAGUUGACUAAACUGCAAACACUCCCUGUUUUCAUUGUGCACUUCACUCCAAUGACAGCAGGAGUGGCAGAACUCAAAGACCUGAACAAUCUGCAUGGGCCACUGAGCAUUUCGCCCCUUGAGCAUAUUAAUUGGGAGCGCACUUGUGAAGCAAGAGUUGCGGACCUGAUAAAAAAAGUGCAUGUUACACGAUUGUGUUUGCGGUGGAACAGCCACAUACGCUAUGGGGAUAACUCUAAACCACAAGAGAAAUCCUUGGAAGAAUUUGACAGGGAAGUACUUGACAGCCUUGAACCUCAUAAUAAAAUCCAAUGGAUUGAAAUUGAGAAGUACAUGGGCUGCAGUUAUCCCAAGUGGGUUGGACAUCCCUCCUUUAACCGACUAGAGACAGUAAUCAUCAGUGAUUUUUCGUCUGAUUCUCUUCCACCAUUAGGACAACUUCCACACCUUAGGCAUCUUGAGGUCAGGGAGAUGAGACAUGUAAGAACUGUAGGAAGUGAAUUCUAUGGUGAUGGGGCAGCACUACAACGAUUCCCAGCUCUUCAGACAUUGCUGUUUGAUGAGAUGGUAGCGUGGAAUGAGUGGCAGCGUGCUAAAGGCCAACAGGAUUUCCCUUGCCUCCAGGAGCUUGCCAUCUCCAAUUGUCUUAGCUUGAACUCUCUAUCACUGUACAAUAUGGUAGCUUUGAAGAGGCUUACCGUCAAGGGUUGUCAAGAUCUUGAGGCAAUAAAAGGCCUAGAAGAAUGUUGGGUGUCAAUAAAUCAUAGUCAAAUCAACUGUACAGAUACUUCAGGAUAUAGUGAAAUUGUGGAUGGAAAUGGGUCAGAAUGCCCCAACUCAACUCUACCAGCGAGACUUGAGGUCAUACAGAUUUACGAUUGCAUGUCACUCCCAAAUUCAAGCCUUCAACAAGCAAUAGGGAUUACGAGGGUUUUCCGACAAAGGUCAAACUCAGACAUGGUUUACCCUGAUCAGAAGGAAGUUGAUGAGAGCAUUGUUCUGAUCAUAUAGUGGUCCAGGCCAAAGGAUAUUUUACCUACUUACCACAUAAAGAGGAAGAUGAAGAAAUUUUCUUGAUUUUAAUCAACAAAUCACUCACGUGAAAAUUACCAUGCAUGUACAUGCUUCUACUAUCCUCUUGACAAUUAAGAAUGCCCAAUAUGACAUUUUGAAAUUUACUGUAAAGAGCAAAUAAUAGGAAGUAUUGAUACCAAGCAAUGUCAUCUACCUGUACACUGUCACAUCACUAGUUAUUUUUCCCCUACAGUGUUUAGUGCA